UUACAAAGAAAAAAAAAAUACAUAAUACGCUCAGACAAUUAUUAUGAAAAUAUUAAAUUAUAACAAGUUAAUAAUACUUAUUUAAAGUACUUAGUGGUAAGUAACUAGUUAUUUAUAAAGGCUAUAGCUACACACUUGUUUUACAUAUACAAAGUGACUUGCUGAACUAAGUAAUAUUAAAAAUAAUGGCAAAACGUUUCUUCAAGAAUAUAUAUUCCGAAAGUUAUGAGAGUGAUUUAAGUGUAUAUGACAAAGUUUGGAAAGAUAAAGUAAAUAAUUUAAUGCAACUUGUUGAUCAAAAUGCUUCAUCAUCGUCAAAAAACACUUUGUAUACUGGAACGGCUGGUAUUGCAUACAUGUUUUAUCACUUGGCAAUAUCAAACGAAUUUAAAAACAAUUCCUCAACCUAUUUAAAUAAAGCAAUCAAAGUUCUAAAACUUAAAGAAAGUAGUUUUAAUCAGAAAAAAUUAAAUCACUUUAUUUGUGGAGAUGCAGGAGUAAACGCUGUAAAUGCUGCAAUAUAUAACCAGAUAGGUGACACAAAAAAGGCUGAAAUAUAUUUGAAAAAUUUUGAGAAUGGAGUAACUAAUUGCAAGCCAAUAGAUUCUUUGAAACCUGGAGAAGAUGAACUAUUUGUUGGUCGUGCCGGGUAUCUCUAUGGAGUUCUAUGGUUAGAAAAAGUUUUUGGAAGGAAAAUAAUACCUGACCAAGAUGUUAUUGACAUAUGCUUAACAAUAAUAGAAUCUGGUCGCCAAUAUUCAAAAAUAAAGAAAAGCAUGUUUCCCCUUAUGUACUCAUAUCACAGUAAAGAAUAUUUAGGAGCAGCUCAUGGCCUAUGUACAAUUCUUCAAGUAUUAAUUUCAUUUCCGUGUUUUAUUAAAAACAACCAAAAAACCAUGCAAGAUAUCAAAAAAUGUAUAGAUUUAUUGAUAUCUUUACAGACAACCAAUGGUAAUUUUCCUACUAAAAUACUGGAAUUAGGAUCAAAACAAAGACCUGAAGAAGAUGAAUUGGUUCAUUGGUGCCACGGAGCCCCAGGUGUUAUAUACUUAUUAGCUAAAGCAUAUUUGGUUUUUAAAGAACCUUCUUAUUUGGAAUGUUGUUUAAAAUGUGGAGAUUUGGUAUGGACAAAGGGACUUUUAAAAAAAGGACCUGGUUUAUGUCAUGGAAUAGCUGGGAAUGGAUAUGUGUUUUUAUUAUUAUAUAGGUUGACCGGGGAUACAAAACAUUUAAACCGUGCUUUACAAUUUGGUAAAUUUAUUUUUACUGAUGAAUGUAUUCAAGGAUCUAGAAGACCAGACAAUUUGUACAGUUUAUACGAAGGAUUAGCUGGCACUGUUUGCUAUUUAAGUGAUUUGACUCAACCAGACAAAGCUAGUUUCCCAUUCCUAGAUGUGUUUUAAUUAAAUAUUUUGUUGUAUCAAUUAUCAAAUAUACAUACUUUGUAAAUAUAUUAUGUUUAAAAUAUUUUUAAA